CAUGCCGCAUGUGACAGAUGAGAAGCCAGUAAGGCCUACGUUCUCUGAAUUUGUUGCCUUACAUCGACACCAACUGGUCCAUUCUGCGAUCCCUGAACGAUACUGGCCUACGCUGUGUACGAAGUUACAAGACGAGAUUUACGAUGCCGGGGACAGUUUCCAGAUGGUUCAAGUGCAGUAUGAAAAUGAGGCUGGAGAAGAAACUCGACAGGAGUACAAAGUGAGAGUGAUCCGCGAGGAAGGAAUAGAGGAAAGUGAUACAAAUCAUAUUUACUUGGUUGACCAUGCGUGGACAUACAGACUGCCUGAUGCCCGAGCCCAGCUGAUGGCCAUGCCAGGGCUACUGGAGAGGAUGGCAAAUCUGAUGGAGGUGGCCAGUGAUGAGGAAGACUCCGUGGCUACAGUGGAGGCUGUCUACAAGGAAAUGUGGAGAUAUAAUCAGACAUACAAAUUUGGCCACUUCUUAAUGGGCUCAGAAGAAGCUAUGCCUCUUUGGUAUAUCAUGGAUGAGUUUGGAUCACGUAUCCGUCAUUCUGACAAGCCUACAUUCAAAGCUGUGCCAUUCUACUAUGUCCCGUCACAGCUGGCAUUUACGCUGUUGUGGCCACUCCAAGAUUUGAACCAGGGAGAGGAAGUGACCCGGGAUUUUGUGGAGAAUGUCCAUGACCCGCUGAAAAGAAGAGCUAGACUGUUACCAUGGAAACCUGAUGAUUUAACUGACAUUCCUGUUACUCAAGUUGAACCAGACGAGGAGUAUUUUUUGGAGUACAGAGGAACCGAGACAUUACCAAAGGUGAACAGUGAGACUCCCACCCUCCCCAGAGAUCGGUGUGCUAAGGUUUAUUUUGACACAAAGAUGUACACCAGUUUCCUAACUGACCCCAGGUUUGAGGCUGUUCAAUCUUCAGCCGAGGCAGACAUCUGGUGGCUGUGUCGAUCUUUCAAGGAUUACCAAGAAUUGAGUGAAGAUUUACCAGGCGUUUUUGUGAAUCAGUUCCCCAAUGAGAAUUUAGUAACAAUCAAAGACUUACUAGCCAUUGUGGCCAGACGAGCUGGCAAGAAAACAGGGGAAGAUAACUCUGGUAGAGGACCAAAAUGGCUGCCCAUCACCUACAACCUUCAGACUGAGCUACCAAAAUUUGUGUCAUUGUUUCAACAACAAGAGUCUCAAGGAUUAGACAAUCACUGGAUCUGUAAACCCUGGAAUUUAGCCCGUGGUUUGGAUAUUCACAUCACAGAUGACAUCAACCACAUUGUUAGGCUACCAGAUACUGGACCAAAGGUGGCUUGUAAAUAUGUGGAGGAUCCAGUGUUAUUUUACCGCAGUGGAAUUGGCCAAGUGAAGUUUGAUGUUCGGUAUAUCGUCAUGUUAGCCAGCUCUUCACCUCUUAAACUCUAUGUAUACAAGGUCUUCUGGUUGAGAUUUGCUAACAAACCCUUUUCCCUGGACAACUGUGAUGAUUAUGAGAAACAUUUCACUGUGAUGAACUACAGGGAAGAUGCUAAUCUGAAACAGAUUCACUAUGAUGACUUCAUUCCACUCUUUGAAAGCCAGUAUCCAGAUUAUAGUUGGAAAAGUAUCGAGAGUGACAUAUUUAGUAUGUUCCGGGAGUUGUUUGAGGCUGCAGUUUCUAAGCCCUCCCCCAGGGGUAUCCCACCCAGUCCCCAGUCCCGGGCCAUGUACGCAGUAGAUCUACUUCUUAAGUGGGACACGAAUAAUACAGGUGACAGGAUAAUUCAGCCAGUGUUAUGUGAGGUGAACUUUGGACCAGAUUGUGAAAGAGCCUGUAAAUACCACCCUAACUUUAUUAACGACGUCUUUAGCACACUCUUCAUGGAGGACAUUGCAGACAGACCUGUGGUACAGCUGUGAUUUUCAUUGGUUUAGAACACCAUGUAAACUACGUCACAAUUAUUGUGUCACUAUUAUUGCUUCACAUGGGAAGUAUUUUUCAAACCAUUGUUGAUGUGUUGGCUGGUAAUAUUCUGGUAUUUAACGUUAUUAUAAGCCCACAGGAGCAUGUUGUGGAAAAGUCAGACGUUAACGAUAUAUGAAUGGAAUGGUGGCACCCUAGCUUCUUCCACCUACUGAUUAAGUCAAAACAGGGCAAAACAUUAAACAAUAAUCAAACGAAUUCAUAUCCAGGCUGACCGUGUUAUUGGCUAAAAGGUCUAAAUUCACCAGCCAUUGGCUUGGAUGUAGUCUGAAAUCGGGAACCUACUUUGAUACAGCUGUAUUAUAGUAGCUUGGGAGUUCCUCAAGGCUCUUACCAGUAUCCUCCACUGAUCUAAAAUGUCAUCUAUCCCAUCUAAGUGAUAUAUUUUUGAGCAGUGUGGUGUACCAACUGAAAAAAUAUAUGUUCACCCUAAAACAACAUGUAAUUGUUGUACGAAAUACAUGUAAGUGCAAUAUUUGAGACAUGGGAUGAAAUUUAAUCUCAGAUCAAAAUUAUUUGGUCUUAAUUCAAAAUACCUAUAUACAUGUACUAGAUGCAAAGUAAACUUUGAAAUAAGACAAUUCAAACGUUUUAGCAAAUUUGAAAUGGGGGGAAAGCCAAAAAAGGCAAUUUUGCUCAGUCUUAAAACUCACAUGUAGCAUUUUUUUUUUCUCAGAGGGGAGGAAGGUGGGGGUGGAUAUAAAUAUGUAAAUCCAAAACUACAUUUAUUUCAGUAUACAACAAAGAUGCGUGGAAACAACAUUGUUAUUAACAGAGGUUGUGUACUACACUGUAAAAUGUUUGUUUGGACAAACUGUUUGACAUGUACUUCUUGUUAAAAUCAUAUACGAUAUUGUAUAAGUAUAUACAGUUUUGAUGAACGCAUUUAAACACCAGUCACAAGAUAACAAACACAUUUACAUUUUGCACAUGUGGCAUAAGCACCCAGCUGAAUACUGUACAGUAUCUCCAGCUAUUCUUUCCUUCCCCACAUUACUGUCCACAUGUCCUUCUGUCCCUACAUUCCUAACCGUGGUUGUCAUGCUGAUUGUCAUGACAAAACUUUUAUAGUAAUGAUUAAAUACUCCUGUCAGGAAUUGCCGUAAAAAAAAAACGUUGAAUUUUGAAGGAAGUCCUCAAAAAAUUUGGUCAAAUUUGGUCACCAGAAGAAUUUUUGAUUUUUUAAGUAGCUGUGGUAACCCUUUGGGCUACCCUAUAUCUCAGGUAGGUACAUGUAUAUUCUAUUUACGUCCCAUAAACA